GAGGGUUUAGGUGUAUAUACUUGGUUGUGGAGGGCCCGCUGGAUUUUAAUGGUACACUAUAACAUAGGAUAACGUGUUCUUUUCCCGUGGAUGUAUUCAUAUUUUUCGUUUACCUUGUGAUUGGUGAUAUGUAUUCUGAACAUAUGAAGGGAUGUAAAAUUACUUUAAUAUGUAUCCUGAUAGCGGUGAUUUACCUGCAAACAUGUGAAGGUGCUGCCCCCGUGUGGACAACGCCCUCCACAUCGACGACUAUCUCCAUCAGUGAGAACUCGGGCACCGCUGUCUCUAUCUACCAGCUGACGGCAACUGACGCGGAUGGCGACAGUAUAACAUACUCGAUAUCAUCCGGUUCGGGUUUCAGUGUCGUCGGUGAUGUAGUCUAUACCGAUACGACGUAUGACUACGAAACAACAACGUCAUACGCCUUACAGUUCAGUGCAACUGAUGGCAGCACCCCUGUGACAAGUCCUACACUGACGAUAAGUAUAACAGACUACAACGACAACACACCCACAUUCAGUCCUGCAAUCUACUCCAAAAGUAUCCCAGAGGCAUCCGCUUCAGGAACAUCAAUUGCUGCCUUGACCUGUACUGAUGCUGACAGCGGUACUAACGGAAACUGUGCUCUCAGUAUACAGAGCGGGGACGACGGCUCAGCCAAGUUUACUAUUUCCGGUACCACUCUUCAAACAACGGCAACCGCCACUGACUACGAGGCGCUCUCCUCACAGAAUUAUAUUUACAGCCUCGUUGUCAUAGCCACCGACACAGCCACUGCCGGGUCAGAUCUAACCGGAACUGCAUAUGUUUACGUCACAAUCACGGGUACAAAUGACAACACUCCUGUGAUAUCGGGUACAACACCGUCGUCCAUAUCGGUUGCCGAAAACAGCGCCGUGGGAACCACAGUGGCAUCUGUACAGGCGAGUGACGCUGAUGAUGGAAACGACGGGGUGCUCACCUACAGUAUUAUAGGUGGAAAUUCCGAGGCACGGUUCGGUAUAGGAACUACGACAGGAGAGAUAUAUCUGACACUGGCCCUGGACUAUGAGACAACGACGUCGUACUCCCUCACCGUACAGGCUACUGACGGUGGUUCACCAACAGACAGCGCCACCUCGGCAGUCACUGUCACAGUCACCGACGUCAACGACAACACUCCUGCCUGUCCCUCCUCAACCUACAUCUACAGUGUAGCAGAAACAGUCUCGUCAGGGACGACCGUGACCACACUAGCUUGUACUGAUGCCGAUGGAGAUUCCAUGACGUACACAAUAACUUCUGGCAAUUCCGAGGGAUGUUUUAGUCUGACAGGUGCUGUGCUGACCACUUCCUGCGUUCUGGACUAUGACACCGGAAGUCAGUCUUACACUCUUGCUAUGGAUGUCAGUGACGGAACCACGUCUAGCUCUGUUACUGUGUACGUAAGCCUCUCCGCCGCAAACGACAACAACCCGGCAUUUGCCUCCAACCCUACCGUCAGUCUCGCGGAGAGUACGAGUGUUGGAACAGCCGUCACGACAUACACUGCUGCAGACGCUGAUUUAUCACCCCAUGAAGUUGUGUCAUAUGUCAUCACCGCAGUAACAAACAGCGGGUCCAGUGUGUUCGCUGUGGAUGCGACAUCAGGCAGCAUCACGCUGGCCAGUACGUUAGAUUACGAGACUACCACCAGCUACGUCAUCUCAAUAACAGCUACGGAUGGUGGAGGGACAACGGCAACAGGUUCCGUCACAGUUUCAGUAACUGAUGCAAACGACAACUCCCCAAUAUUCUCUCCAUCAGCGUACGUAGUGGAAAUGGCGGAGAGCACAGCAGCCUCAGCUACGGUCGUGACCCUGACAUGCGCAGAUGCAGACGCCGCGGAUACUGUCUCUUAUUCCAUUGCUAGUGGGAAUACUGGCAGCAAAUUCUCGGUCACUGCGGCAGGGGAAAUAACCCUUGCAGCAACCAUUGACUACGACACGGAGACGACGUUUUACACACUGUCUGUGGAAGCGACAGACUCCACCACUACGGCUACUGCUACGGUUAAGAUCACAGUCACUGGUACAAACGAGGACACUCCAGCCUUCGCCACUAACCCGACAGUUUCCCUGGCUGAGAGCUCCAGAGUCGGUACCGCAGUAACGACCUACACAGCCACAGACACGGACGCCUCGCCGCACGAUAUCACUACGUACGCCAUUACGGCAGUAACGAACACCGGAAGUGCCUACUUCACCAUUGAUGCCACCACUGGAACUAUAACAUUGGCCAAAACCCUGGAUUACGACACCACAACAAGUUACCAGAUCACGGUCACUGCUACUGACGGAGGCGGCCUUGUGGGAUCAGGAACAGUGACGUUAUCGGUCACGAACGUCAACGACAAUACUCCGGCGUGUCCGUCAUCUUCCUACACGUUUACAGUGGCGGAGACAGCUUCGUCGGGAACAACAGUAACAACUCUGGUCUGCACGGACGGAGAUUCCGACACUCUAGCAUACACGAUUAGCUCCGGAAAUGCUGACGCUUGUUUCAGCCUUGGAAGUGCCACUGGAGUAUUGACAACGGCUUGUACCCUGGAUUACGACACCGGAAGUCAGUCGUACAGUCUUGCUGUUGAGAUCAGUGACGGGACUCUGUCCAGUACAGCUACUGUAGACGUCGUUUUGUCUGCUGCAAACGACAACAAUCCGUCCUUUGCGUCCAAUCCUACCGUCAGCCUCGCGGAGAGUACGAGUGUUGGAACAGCUGUCACGACAUAUACCGCCGCAGAUAGUGACUUAUCACCUCAUGAUAUUAUCUCCUACGACAUUACAGCAGCCACCAAUAGUGGAACCAGUGUAUUCACCAUAGACUCGACGUCGGGAAGUAUAACACUAUCCAGUGCUCUUGAUUACGAAACUACCACCAGCUACGUCAUCACAGUGGUGGCUACGGACGGGGGAGGCUCAACGGACACAGGUUCCGUCACGGUUUCAGUGACGAAUGUCAACGACAACUCCCCAAUAUUCUCUCCAUCAGCGUACGUAGUGGAAAUGGCGGAGAGCACAGCAGCCUCAGCUACGGUCGUCACCACAACAUGCGCUGAUGCUGACGCUUCGGAUACUGUUACUUAUUCCAUUGCGAGCGGAAACACUGGCAGCAAAUUUGCUGUAUCUGCGGCAGGAGAGAUAACACUAGCUGCAACCAUUGACUACGACACAGAGACGACGUUUUACACACUGUCUGUGGAAGCGACAGACUCCCCCACUCCGGCUACUGCUACGGUUAAGAUCACAGUCACUGGUACAAACGAGGAUACUCCAGCCUUCGCCACUAACCCGACAGUUUCCCUGGCUGAGAGCUCCAGUGUCAGUACCGCAGUAACGACCUACACAGCCACAGACACGGACGCCUCGCCGCACGAUAUCACUACGUACGCCAUUACGGCAGUAACGAACACCGGAAGUGCCUACUUCACCAUUGAUGCCACCACUGGUACUAUAACAUUGGCCAAAACCCUGGAUUACGACACAACAACAAGUUACCAGAUCACGGUCACUGCUACUGACGGAGGCGGCCUUGUGGGAUCAGGAACAGUGACGUUAUCGGUCACGAACGUCAACGACAACACUCCGGCGUGUCCGUCAUCUUCCUACACGUUUACAGUGGCGGAGACAGCUUCGUCGGGAACAACAGUAACAACUCUGGUCUGCACGGACGGAGAUUCCGACACUCUAGCAUACACGAUUAGCUCCGGAAAUGCUGACGCUUGUUUCAGCCUUGGAAGUGCCACUGGAGUAUUGACAACGGCUUGUACCCUGGAUUACGACACCGGAAGUCAGUCGUACAGUCUUGCUGUAGAGGUCAAUGAUGGGACUCUGUCCAGUACAGCUACUGUAGACGUCGUUUUGUCUGCUGCAAACGACAACAAUCCAUCCUUUGCGUCCAAUCCUACCGUCAGCCUCGCGGAGAGUACGAGUGUUGGAACAGCCGUCACGACAUAUACUGCCGCAGAUAGUGACUUAUCACCUCACGAUGUUGUCUCGUACGACAUUACAGCAGCCACCAAUAGUGGAACCAGUGUAUUCUCCAUAGACUCGACGUCGGGUAGUAUAACGCUAUCCAGUGCUCUUGAUUACGAAACUACCACCAGCUACGUCAUCACAGUGGUGGCUACGGACGGGGGAGGCUCAACGGCAACAGGUUCCGUCACAAUUUCAGUGACCAAUGUGAACGACAAUUCCCCGAUAUUCUCUCCAUCUGCGUACGUAGUGGAAAUGGCGGAGAGCACAGCAGCCUCAGCUACGAUCGUUACCACGACAUGCGCAGAUGCUGACGCAUCGGAUACUGUCACGUAUUCCAUUGUCAGCGGUGACUCCGGCGGGAAAUUUGCGGUUUCUGCCUCAGGAGAGAUAACCCUAGCAGCAACCAUUGACUACGACACGGAGACGACGUUUUACACACUGUCUGUGGAAGCGACAGACUCCACCACUACGGCUACUGCUACGGUUAAGAUCACAGUCACUGGUACAAACGAGGACCCUCCAGCCUUCGCCACUAACCCGACAGUUUCCCUGGCUGAGAGCUCCAGUGUCAGUACCGCAGUAACGACCUACACAGCCACAGACACGGACGCCUCGCCGCACGAUAUCACUACGUACGCCAUUACGGCAGUUACGAACACGGGAAGUGCCUACUUCAAUAUUGAUGCCACCUCUGGUAGUAUAACAUUAGCCAAAACCUUGGAUUACGACACAACAACAAGUUACCAGAUCACGGUCACUGCUACUGACGGAGGCGGCCUUGUGGGAUCAGGAACAGUGACGUUAUCUGUGACGGACGUCAACGACAACACUCCGGCGUGUCCGUCAUCUUCCUACACGUUUACAGUGGUGGAGACAGCCUCGUCAGGAACAACAGUAACAACCCUGGUCUGUACGGAUGGAGAUUCCGACACUCUAGCCUACACGAUUAGCUCCGGGAAUGCUGACGCUUGUUUCAGUCUAGGAAGUGCCACUGGAGUAUUGACAACGGCUUGUACCCUGGAUUACGACACCGGAAGUCAGUCGUACAGUCUUGCUGUUGAGGUCAGUGACGGGACUCUGUCCAGUACAGCUACCAUAGACGUCGUUUUGUCUGCUGAAAACGACAACAAUCCUUCAUUUGCGUCUAACCCUACCGUCAGCCUCGCGGAGGGUACAAGUGUUGGAACAGCCGUCACGACGUACACGGCCCCAGAUAGUGACCUAUCACCUCACGAUGUUGUCUCGUACGCCAUUACAACAGCCACCAAUAGUGGAACCAGUGUAUUCUCCAUAGACUCGACGUCGGGUAGUAUAACGCUAUCCAGUGCUCUUGAUUAUGAAACUAUCACCAGCUACGUCAUCACAGUGGUGGCUACGGACGGGGGAGGCACAGCGGUCACCGGCUCAGUUACAGUUUCCGUCACAGAUGUGAACGAUAACUCUCCAAUAUUUUCACCAUCAGCAUACAACGUAGAAAUGGCCGAGAGCACAUCGGCUGCAGCUACGGUUGUGUCAAUGACAUGCGCAGAUGCCGACACCGCUGACACAGUAACUUAUUCAAUUGCCAGUGGAAACUCCGGUGGAAAGUUUGCUGUGUCAGCUGCAGGAGAGAUAACACUUGCUUCAACCAUUGAUUACGACACGGAGACGACGUUUUACACACUGUCUGUGGAAGCGACAGACUCCACCACUACGGCUACUGCUACGGUUAAGAUCACAGUCACUGGUACAAACGAGGACACUCCAGCCUUCGCCACUAACCCGACAGUUUCCCUGGCUGAGAGCUCCAGUGUCAGUACCGCAGUAACGACCUACACAGCCACAGACACGGACGCCUCGCCGCACGAUAUCACUACGUACGCCAUUACGGCAGUUACAAACACGGGCAGUCCAUAUUUCUCGAUUGAUGGAAGUACCGGCAGUAUCACUUUGGCGCAAGCUCUUGACUACGAAACCACAACGAGCUACCUGAUCACGAUCACCGCUACUGAUGGAGGUGGUCUAGUGGGUACCGGGACAGUGACAGUAUCCGUGACAGACGUCAACGACAACAUUCCAGUAUGUAGUCCCUCUGCAUACAGUUCAACCGUAUCGGAGUCAUCUUCAACAGGAGACACGGUAACUACACUCUCCUGUAGUGACGGCGACACGGGUGACACCAUCACAUACUCCGUUGUCAGUGGAAACGUUGGUUCCGACUUCGCAAUUUCUGCAGCUGGAGUAGUGACACUGGCAAAUGCACUCGACUAUGACGCUGGCACUCAGGAAUAUACUCUACUGUUCGGUGUAUCUGAUGGUACCACCAUUUCCACGGCUACUGUGGCAGUCACCGUAGGAGCUGCUAACGAAGCCACGCCCACAUUUGCCUCAAAUCCGUCGACGACGCUUGCGGAAGACACCGGAAGUGGUACAGCUUUGAUGACGUACACAGCAGCAGACGCUGAUGCCUCACCUCACAACAUCGUCAACUAUGACAUCACUGCAGUGACGAAUGGUGGCACUAACUAUUUUGUAAUUGAUGAAACCUCCGGAAACAUUCAAUUGGCUCAGUCUCUUGACUACGAAAGUACCACCAGUUACCAACUGACUGUAGUCGCUACAGAUGGAGGAGGCUCAACGGGCACAGGAACUGUAACAGUAGCUGUAACUGACGUGAACGACAACACGCCUAUAUGCACUCCAUUUGCUCAUGUCCUUACCGUCCUCGAAAGUACAGCUACUAGUACGGCAGUGAUAUCAGACCUGUCCUGCUCUGAUGGAGAUGCUGGAACCACAUUGACGUACACUAUGACACAGAAUCCGGACAAUAAAUUCGGCGUGACCGUUUCCGGAUCUACAGCCUCCCUUGUUGUCAGUGCUGCCCUUGACUACGAGACAACCACAUUUUAUAACUUACAAGUGACGGUUAAAGAUGGCGGUUCUCCGGAACUCACAGCUACAGUGACUAUAGACGUCAACGUUGGGGCUGUGGACGAGGGGUCGCCUGUGUUCACAAGUUCUGGAACGUAUGCUUUGUCUGCUGGGGAAGAUACGGCUGUAGGAUCUACAUUAGUGACCGUUACGGCUACAGAUUCAGUAGAUACCGGGGAUUCCAUUUCUUAUGCAUUCGUUGCUACGUACUCCAUGUUUGAGUUGGACACGAACGCGGGAACUAUAUUACUCGUCACGAGUAUGGACUACGAGACGGCAACCAAUCAUCAACUCCUCGUGACCGCAUAUGACGGUACAACUUAUGUCACUGCCACCGUUACUAUUACUGUGAAUGACGUCAAUGAAGUUGCUGUGUUUGGAUCAUCGACAUAUACGCCGACGUUUGCCGAGAACCAAGCUGCAGGGACCACGUUGGUACAAGUAGCGGCGACUGAUGGUGAUGCUAGCACGUUUGGGACUAUCGCUUACUCGAUAUCCUCGGGCGAUGGGGCAUCCUACUUCACCAUAGACUCUUCCACGGGGGCCAUUACCGCCACGGUCGUAAUAGACUUCGAAGUUAAUCAGUACUUUUCGCUGAUAGUGCAGGCAGUAGACGGAGUUCCAGCUUUAACAGCCCAAUGCCUUGUCCAGAUCACCAUGUCAGACGAAAACGAUAAUACACCAACUUUUACCCCGACAACGUACUCCGUCACUUUAUCUGAGGACUCUGUAGUCACUACAACCGUGACCACGGUUUCUGCAACUGAUGCUGAUUCUGUAAGCAACAAUAAUAACGUGUUUGAGUACAGCACUACAUCAUCCGUACCGUUUACGGUCGGCACAACAACGGGUAUCAUAACGACAAAUGCAAUCCUGGACAGGGAAACGACUGCCAGUUACGAGAUGGUGAUCCUUGCCACUGACAAAGGCGCCACUCCUCUCACCGGUACAUCUACUAUAACCAUCUCCCUGAUAGACGUGAACGACAACGACCCCAGUAUAUCUGGUACUUAUGACACCACUAUAGACGAGGACACCGCCGUCAACACCGUCGUCUUCUCAAUCACUGCCACUGAUCUGGACUAUGAAGAAAAUAGUCAGUUAAGCUACACCAUUAAUUCUGGAAACACUAACACAGACUUCAAGAUAGAGGUGGGGACAGGCAUACUACAAACCGUUAAUGCCCUUGAUAGGGAAACAACAGCGUCAUACAUAUUAGAGGUAUAUGUUGUAGACAAUGGAGCGACUCCAAGAACAGCCAGUGUAACAUGCACAGUGACUAUCGGUGACCUUAACGAUAAUACACCAGCAUGGACAGCUGCACCUUACACAUUUACAGUGGACGAAAAUGUCGCUACGAGCACAAGUGUUGGCACUAUAGCAGCUACGGAUGCAGACACAGGGGUUAACUCGGCAAUAAGUUACAAUAUCAUAGGCUACUGGUCAGGUGGAUCGAACCCUGUAACAAUUGACACGUCAACAGGCGUGAUAACAACAAGUGCGAGCCUCGACCGAGAGAGUGUUGACACGUACGUGAUAUGGUGCCGUGUCCAGGAUUCGGGAACACCUGUUCUAUCGUCGGACACGAAUGUUACCAUAACAAUAAACGAUCUGAAUGAUAACGACCCAGCAUUUGCUAGUACAACUUACUCGGCAACCGUGACAGAAAAUACUGCUGUUGUCACAUCGAUAACAACAAUGUCGGCUACUGAUGCAGACACAGGUGUCAAUGCAGUCAUUUUGUAUUCCUUUGACACCUCUUCAACAGCCGGUGCUAGAGCAGAUCUGUAUUUGACCAUCGGUUCGUCUACAGGUCUUGUGGAAGUGAAAUCCUCGAUUGAUCGGGAAGUAGAUGCGACAUUUACUGUAGUUGUUCUUGCUGUGGAUACGGGCACCACACCUAGAACCGGAUCCACAACUCUUACGGUAACAGUGGGAGACGAGAACGACAAUUCCCCGAUAUUUUCUCCCACUUACUACAACGGGGAGGUACCGUAUACAGGUUCUUGUAAUCCCACCAUCGUAACACUGACAGCUUCGGACGCGGACGAAGGUGCAAACGCACAAUUGUAUUAUUACUUCACAACCACCAACAGUGACUUUACCAUGGAUUCCAGCACUGGGGCAGUAACUCGAUCGUCAACGCUAUCCAGUGGGAAGCUUUAUACGGCAUACGCGUAUUCACACGACGGAGGGACUCCACAGUUAACAACUAGCACCAGCGCUACGAUAAGGAUCGAUGCUUAUACCCCGUCCCUUGUUGUCAUUUCGUACUACUUAGGGGUUAAUAAAACCUACUAUGAGUCGGUAGAAAGUACUUUCAUUAGUCAGUUGGAUGCGGUGUACCAGGUGACCUAUUCAUCAGCCUCAGUAAAGCGAUGGUGUAUCGUCGAAUCAUCAGGGAGUGCGAUUAUUGUGCACAUGUACGUGCUACAAGACAAUACAACAGAUUCUAUUGGUAACAUUGGCGCAGAGAAAGUUUUCCUGAGUGCAUCGUCAGCCCAGGGAUUUGUAGCAUCGGAUACCGCGGGUACCCCAUCCUCCAGUGUAAUAGGGACGUCGUGGGACCCCUUCGCUAUACAGAAGAUAACACUUUACGAGACGAGCACGGCUGAUACUAGCACACCUUGGAUACAGACGGCUACUGGAAUUGCUGUGACCACGAUUUGUGUUCUCAUUGGAGUGGCAUGCAUCGCCAUGACUACGAUUAUGAUUAUCAAAUACCUCAGGGCAAGAAAAACCGCUGCAAAAGCAGCCGAACCAAGGGCGGAAGUGACAGAAACAAGCAACAACAAUACCAAAAGCUGGUCCGAGAAGCCACGCCCUCCUCCAUAUUCACGUGCAGGACGGCGGGAGCAAGCAAAAGCAGCUGCAGCAGCCUCGGCUCUGACAAGCAAAAAUCCAAACAAGUCUGCAUUUGUCAGUGAACCAGGCGGAGACAUAAAUUCCUGGCAGAAAAACAACGAUUUUAUUGUUACUAAUCGAGAGUUUGAUGGUCGUGCUGUUGAUCAAGCGUCCGGACAGGUUUAUGAAUAUAACACAAAGACAAAUGAAAGGCAAUGGAUUAAAAGACAGAGCGGUACUCCGGUCAAAAUCGAUUUGGGGAAAGUUGCAGAUGGAUUAGAUAUCUGACAAUUUCCGUCAAUAGCUAUACUGUUUUAAUCAUUCCAUGUGUUUACAAGAGUCGUAAUUGAUCAUUUCACUAAUUUUAUAUUUAUUUUCGAAAGUGUUUUAUUUUGUUUUGGUUAACAAUUUUAAGAAUCUAUAUUUUACGUUUUAAGAGCACUUGUUUUAUAUUUAUAAAAGAAUCUGUUAAUAAUUAUUUCCUUAAUAUACACAAAUUCUUGUAAAUAGUUGUUAUUGACUGUGUUAAUAUAUUUUAUCUGGUUGUACCAUAAUCUCGUCGACUAGAUCAAUGUAUCAUUGUUAAAAGCUUUUAAGUACUUAUUGUGACAUUAAUGUCAUUUUAUCAUCCUGAACACUUGUAAAAAACAUGUUAAUUGCUUUGUGCCACGGUAAACGAAACCCGUCUCAUUAUAUAUAACACAUGCCAAAAAAUGUUUACGUCAAACAAUUAUGUAUUAAGUAUGACUGAGAAAUUUCGUUUUCUCGUAGCCAUGACAGUAUACGUAUUACUUAUAUUUGUACUUUGGUUUGAUACUGUUUUCGUAGUAUUGUAUUUUGUACAAUACAAGUUACUAACUUUUUUACGAUCCUUAAUCGUUUUCUUUCGUAAGAUACAAUUUUAAUCACAUAGGCGAUAUUGUUUAUGUUAUAUCAUAUUUGUGUUAAUCUUGCAAUAAGAAAUUAUAAUGGUUUUUUUAGCGUUCUGUCAUUUUUUUGACCAAAAUGUAUAUGAUUUGUAGUCGUUAUGGCAAAACGUGGGCUGAUGUAACGAUUAGAAACCCAGUGUGCUGUACUUUUGUGUAUCGUUAUUGUUUGGACCGGACACGUAAUGAAAAAAUCCCAUUGCAUAUGUUCACCUGAUUUCGUUUUUGUUUACGGAAAAUCAAAUUAAAUCAGAACAGUAUGUUGACAAAACGUGUAAUGCAUAUUACCGUUAAGCAGGCUGUGACGUCAACAUCAAUUAGAACAAUUAUUCAAGCUAACAAAUUUACAUAAGUGUCACGACACUUGUUUUUGUUUCCUUUUCUGUUCUAUAAAACAUGUACUUCGAUGUAUUGUCAAACAAAAUUUGAAUAAAACAAAGUUUAAACCAAUAACAACAAAAUUGUUUAGCAAAGCUCAAACAUGUUUCUCUUUAUACAUUAAAUCAAUUAAAAACAUAUCGUAUCAUGUUUAUAUUAAUCUAGACUUUUGAUUAUUUUUGAGGUUGUGCUGCGGAAUAUUAUUUCCGCAGAUGUUGUUUCUAGAACAAACCACGAAUUGUUUAUACAUACCGUGAAUUACGGAGAAUACCACACUCGUAGUGUUAUAAUGUUUGAGUCGUGUAAUUAUGUGUUGUAAUACAGGGUUCAGGGUGCACAAGCUUACAUCACCUAUAACAAUCGUCUGUCCAUAUAACAAUGUAACAUGUUUUUUUUAUAAUGAAAUAUGUCCAAAAUUGUAUUUAAAGUAUAUGACUAAAACGAUGUUUUGAUAGUGAUGUUCAAGUUUAUAUCUACUCAGGAAUGUAUUUCUAUUCAUAAAACCAAAAUUGUUAUUUUUACCUCACACAAAAUCACUUUUAGUGCUUUUCAUUCUAUUCAUUUUUAUUGGUUUACAAGUUAAACCUGUAUUAUCGUGUUAACUAUUUUCAACUUUUUAGAAUAUCUUACCUAUAAUAAUUGGUAUAUUAUUUUCAAAAAACAUCUUGCUAAUUUUCUUUGAAAGUGUUCAAAAUGGUUUUGAGAAUGGUAUUUAAUGAAUAUCAAAGAUAUACCGUUCAAAAUAUAGGACUAUAUUUUCAGGUUUUUUAAAUUUUUCAAUUGUUUGUUUUAUUUAUUUUUUUAGAACAAAGGUAUAUCAAAAUUCCGCAUAAUGACAGCUACAAUGUAUCUCAAAAAUUAAGAUUGUGUCGUUGAACUUUUAAUGAGUCAUUAUUAUUUGCCAGAUUUAUGUUCUCGUAGGUGCGCUAACAUCUGGGCCAGCAAAAAAAAUAUUAUAAGUUGAGAUAGUUUGUUUCAUUAUUGUUGUAAAAUAAACAAAGUUAAUAUAUUGUACUUCUUUAUUCAAAUAUCAGAUUAUGAUACCAAGAUGUCCUUUAUAAACGGGAUUAACGAUAUCAUGAGAGACUUCUAAUGAGAAAAAAAUAUAACAUGCAACAGGAUGAAACGGUGAAAGAUAGUUUGUUUAAAAUCCAAAGGAUUGUUUAGAGGUCUUCAUUUCUCAUCAAACUAUGCAUAGGUUCUACGUCUGCAUUGUAUGUCCUUGGUAUACUUAGCAAUUUUCUCUAACUUUUUAGUCUUUUAUAUUUUAUUCAAUUAUAUGUUUUAUUUCAAAAUAAUUGAGUUUGAACUUAAACUAGUCUCAGCGUACAACUAUAUAUACUUUACCAUUCUCUCUGUAGAAAAACAGCUAGAACUGUUUAUAACGAUGCAAAUAUAUGCUGAAAUGGCGUGCGUAUAUCAGAGUCUAGACUCGAAAGUGCUGUUAGUUAUGUCUUUGUUACUGUUAUUUUAUACAUUGUCUCUAUAAAUUGUUGAUAUUCUACCUAUCAUGUCUACCUAACCAGACGUCUUUCAUCAUGGUUCUGUGAUACAAAUUGUGUGUUAGAAAAUGUAAGAUGGACCUUUUUCUCAUUUUGAUUUGAUUUAUUUUUACUUGACUUUAUGAUCACUUUAAUAUGAUUUCAUUUUUUUAUUAAA